CUCGGAGUUUAGGAGGUAGGUACCUAGGGUAGGCAAUAGCAGAGCGUUAUUAUUCGAGAGUGUGGGAGACUAGCCCCUAGGACCCCUGCAAGAAGGCAGGCUCGAUUAACAUCUAUUCACGUUUACGCAUCAUCUUCUUUACCCUUGGGGUCUUACAACGCACUUGCCAUUCUUUUCAUCUUUUUUCCCUUCUUCUCUUUCACUCUCGGGCUUGGUCCAUCACCUUCUUACAGGCCAUCGGAGUAUUUCUCAGCUUCCUGCUCGUAGCGAAGUCCUGAAACUGAUAAAUUCCGUGGGCAGCCUAAGCAACUGUCCAGCCGAUUCAACACCGAUCUCUCUCUCUCUCUCUUCUUUUUCAGCACUUUGCGCGGCCUCAGACAAACGAACACCUACAACUUCACCCUGAAACUCCAUCGACCACUUACGAAGCAAGAAGUCCGGCUGCUAUAGAAACUACAAGCCUUGCACGAGCAUCAUCAGGCUAUCUAUUCCAUAAAGAUGUCUCUAUGUCAAUUGCGCCUUGGAGAGGAGAGAAAGCAAUGGAGAAAGGACCACCCUUUCGGAUUUUGGGCACGACCAGUCAAGAAUUCUCAAGGCGUUCUUGAUUUAAAGAUCUGGGAAUGCGGUAUCCCUGGCAAGGAAAAGACAAUGUGGGAAGGCGGUCUUUUUAAAUUGACAAUGACGUUCCCUGACGAGUACCCUACGAAGCCCCCGAAAUGCAAGUUUACGCCACCUUUGUUCCACCCCAACGUCUACCCAUCAGGCACCGUCUGCCUUUCGAUCCUAAACGAGGACGAAGGGUGGAAGCCGGCGAUCACGGUCAAGCAGAUCGCACUCGGCAUCCAAGAUCUCCUAGACAAUCCCAAUCCGGAGUCUCCCGCACAAGCUGAAGCAUACAACCUCUUUAAGCGAGACAAGGUCGAGUACGAGCGACGUGUCAGGCGAACGGUGAAAGAGAAUCCCGCCUCCUAGAGCGCUCAACCGGUGCUGAUAGGGUGGUGUCUUGGGGAGGAAAUUCUAUACUUGGUGUACUUUCGGCAUCGGAGUUCAGGGUCACGGAUACCAAAUACGGAUGGCUGCUUUCUGCAUUUGGGCCCUUCGGAGUUGGCACAGGAGGGCUAUGUGAAGAUGUCAAGCAGCAUUUAGCAUUGCGGCUACGACAGUUAACUGGUUUUCUUAGCUGGGGUAAUAAUCUAGCCUUUGCCGUGAAGAAUGGUGCUACAUGGAUGCGAAGCAGCUAAGUAUGUAAGUAUAGAUUUACAAUCUAUGCAAUUGAUGAUUUUUAUAAUGAUUAUUACUGUGCCUUA